UUUGCUGCCAGUGCCAACAAGAAAAACGACACGAGACACGUGCCUGUCUGGUCUUCGUCUCUCUGAAGCUAGGCGUAGACUUUUAACGAAUUUUCUGUUUUUGUAUGCCUAUUUUACAAGGAGAAAGGAUGUCUGAUUCUUUUACUAGUGUUCCUAUUCAUGAAGCGGUGAAAUGUAUCGAAUGGUUACUUGGUAAAUGGAAGUCGGAAUCCAGUAAAGGCCAGUUUCCUACAAUCGAAUCAUUCACUUACGAAGAAGAAGCUACUUUCAGUCAUGUCGGCCAACCGAUGUUAAAUUUUAGUUUUAAUUCCUGGCACCAUGAGUCUGGUAAACCGUUACAUCGAGAAACCGGGUUUCUGCGAGUUAAUCCUGGCACGAAUGAAGUAGCGUACAUCUCUGCACAAAACUUUGGCGUGGUUGAACUGGAAGAAGGUAUUGUUGAAGGUACAGGAAUAAAUCUGGAAUCGACCACAAUCGGUAGGAUGUCUUUUGCAAAAGAUCCAAUUGUAACCAAGGUCAAACGGACUUUCAAACUCACUGCACCGAACACCUUAGAGCAGACCGUAUUUAUGGCAACUAGUAAAAUACCAGAGGUGAAAGAACAUCUGUGGGUGCGCUACAAAAAAAUUGAUUCAUGAAAAUGAUUAACCAGCGCGAGUCUUAUGUAUGCUUGCAUUGUGCGCUUUUGUUCUCACAAGAAAAAUAUUUGUUGUACUAGACUAUAGCGGAAUACAACCAAGAAUGAAUGAAUUAUUACAAGAAAAUAACCAACAUUACUUGGUUUUGUAAAGAAACUUGAUAGCGAGCCCAAUCGUGAGCCUCAUUGUGAAGCAUACACGUUUCAAGAAUGCAAUUCUCGUCUUCAGUGUGGACCUGAGCAUGUGUACGGUAUGUAAAUGGCAGGAGUAGUGAUUAGCAAUGCAAAACCUUUAAUUCAAACACCAUGUGUCACUGCAUGAUUGUUAUGGUAACUAAGACCACAACAAUCGGACAGCGAGCGUUGUGUAUAGGUUGAAAGUCUGCUUGUUUAGCGAUGGAUUGUUCCAAGUAGUAUGCAAAGCUUCCUUAAACUAUUGAGUUUAUUUCAUUAUCAUCAUCACCACCAUCAUAUCAGAUAUUAACUAAGCAUAUUGUCCUUAAGAUAUGAACCUAGGACUUUUAAAAAUUCCAUUCAGUUGCACUGCCAGUGUGACUUGCAGUUCAAUUGAUUCUUUAACUUUGCAUUACUUCAAACAUUUAAUUUAACAUAAAACUUUUUCUUCUUGCUUCUUCAUUGAUUUUUGUAUAUAAUUUCUUAAUUUUAUUUAUUUUAAACAUGUUGUAAACUGGUGGACCUUGAUGAAGAGCAAAGUCAAAUUGAUUAAGUAUCCAGAAUACAGAGAGAGUUCUAUCUAUCUGUCAGCAGUGAACAUGAGAUCGUGAAUAUUCAUUUGGAAGCUUGAAGCUUCCAUUGCUGCACCACCAUUGUUUUUAUAUUAAAGCUGUGGCUUCCGAUGUCAUCCCAAAAAAUGUCGUCAUCAAUUAACUCUGAAAGGUAACGUUUAUUGCACAUGGUUUACACCAUGACCAGGGGUCCCAAGUUGGAAGUUACAGUACUUCCUGGAGAUCUUAUUCAUUGAGCUUUCUUAACACAUACAGACCUAUACUGGGACACAACUAAUUCCAUUUUGCUGCACAUAGUGGUACACAUCAGAACUGACAUCCGUGAGACAAUUGAUAAUGAAACAGUGAAAACAUGCAAGAUGCAAGUAGAGUAUUAUGAAUUUUUGGGAGUUGAAAGUAAUUGUGCCUUUGGUAUUGCAUGUACAGUAGUUUUAAUAUAAACUGAACAGAUUUUGUAGUAUCGCUAUUAUUGGUAUACAUGCCGUUCCUCUUUAAGGAAUGCGAGAUUGUUCUCAGAUUAGUGUCACAUGUUUCACCAAGAAUCAAGAUAUCAUCAGCUAGGUUUCUUGCACUUUUAAUGCAAGUGUUGUUGCAGUAUAUGCUGGAACACUUUUGAGGCUGCGGUAAUGCCAUAACGUAAAACGUUUGUAUCUAUGAAGUCCUACAUACAUGCAUACUAAACGUCACGUGAGGGUGUAGCGACUGUCUUCGUGUAGCUCGAGCUAGUGAUUUGCUUCGUUGAGAUUCCAGUGGCGGAUCCAGGAAUUUUGUAUAGAGGUGCCAUAAUAAAUUUACUAUUAUGGCACCUCUAGAUGGCCGGAAAUGGCACUCUCGGACUUGAAUUUGAAAACAAUUUUCUUUUUUUCUCCAAUUUUUAACAACUUUAAAAAAUUUAGGAGUGGGGGGACCGGGCCGGCUGGGCACACCCUUGAGUCCGCCACUGGAUCAAAUUUUGCGCUGCUGAGGUUGUAACUAUUGCCACUUGCUGUAGGAAUUAAAUGUUGAGUCACUUUGCAUGUCAACGUUCAAUCUAGCGUUGCCCAUUUCUUUUGGAGCUUGAUCGUUAAUAAUCAGCAUGACCGUAUUACGUGCAGUUGCUGAAUAUAUGCUAAUUGUGUAAUGAGUGGUCUACACUCCUUGUUAAAAUAUUGAACUUGAAUAAAUUCAGACAAAGGAUAAA